AUGCACCGCUCGAGCCAGGACGAUCCGGACCCCCGUCCUUCUCUCUCCUCUCCCAUCUCUCCUUCCGCUCCCUUCGUUGUCCAUAUCCAGGAUCCCUACCGUCGCCGCCCCUCCACUACCCACCUAGACGCUUACGAGGCCGAGCUCCAGACUCUAGCAUGCACCACCAGAGGUGAUCAGGAACGCGCAGACUCAAGCGAACGAUCAGCAUCUCGACGCCAAUUCCACGCUUCGUUAUCCGAAUCCGAAUCCGACGCGUACUCCUCUGCGACAGACCCCGGCACGCGACCCCUCGGCGACGCAGCGUCCUCCCACCGCGGACGUAGCACACAGAUGAAGCGCAAGAACAACACUGUUUCCAAACGUCGGUCAAAGCCCAAUCUCAGCGUUGCGACCGGCCAGAACGGGAACGCUCGCGGCGAAAUGAACUCCAACAUCGAAAUGCGCAAACGGGACACUUCCGCCGAAUCCUCCACGUCCUCGCGGGCAGAUCGCUUCAUGUCUAGAUCGAGCUUUACCCUCGAUGAAGACCCGCCGGUGACUCCCCAAACGCCUGGGCUGUCGACUACAAGCUUUACCGACCUUCCGUCUAGUGAUAAGAGAAACUUCCUGGUGCUAUGUCUGCUAUACUUCCUUCAGGGUGUUCCAAUGGGGUUGGCGACAGGAUCGGUUCCGUUCCUGCUCAAACCGUACCUUUCCUACGGGCAGAUCGGUGUCUUUUCUCUAGCUUCCUACCCUUACUCACUCAAAUUACUCUGGAGUCCUGUAGUGGACGCUGUAUGGAGUCGCCGGUUUGGCCGCCGGAAGAGCUGGAUUACCCCUGUCCAGGUCAUUGCCGGGCUCGCCAUGAUCUAUCUCGGAGGACAUAUUGAAGACAUGAUGAAGCAGGCUGGCGCCAAUGGCGGAGCUGGUGUGUGGAACUUUACGUACUGGUGGUUCCUGCUGGUGUUUUUCUGCGCCACUCAGGACAUUGCCGUGGACGGGUGGGCGAUUACUCUCAUGUCGCCGCCGAACAUUUCCUACGCUUCUACUGCGCAGACUGUCGGCUUGACGGCUGGUCACUUCUUGUCGUACACGGUCUUCCUCGCGUUCAACUCGAAGGACUUUGCAAACCGGUGGUUCCGGACUGUUCCCGCCGACGAUGGCCUUCUUUCUCUCGGCACGUACCUCACAAUCUGGGGUUGGGCGUACCUAGUCGUUACCACAUGCCUAGCUGUCAUGAAAAAAGAAGAUCAGGUCUCGGAGCGCGACAGUAUCUCAGCCGUUUACCGCAGCAUGUGGCGUGUGCUGAAGCUCAAGAAUGUUCAGACGAUUAUCUUGGUACAUCUGAUUGCUAAGAUCGGCUUCCAGGCCAACGACGGAGUGACCAGUUUGAAGCUUCUGGACAAGGGUUUUGGCCAGGACAACAUGGCUCUGGUUGUUCUCAUUGACUUUCCAUUCGAAAUCGGCCUAGGCUACUACGCCGGUAAAUGGUCGACUGAGUACACUCCGAUGCGCCUCUGGUGUUGGGCAUUCGUCGGAAGACUCGCCGCUGCUAUUCUAGCCCAGUUUACCGUCAUGAUCUACCCAGCUGCUUCGGAAGUUCCAACCUGGUACAUACUGACAGUAAUCUUCGAGCACGUCGCUUCUACAUUCAUGAACACGGUCAUGUUCGUUGCAGUGUCCGCUUUUCACGCUCGCGUUUCUGACCCUGCUAUCGGUGGUACUUACAUGACCAUGCUAGCAACAGUCUCAAACCUCGGCGGCACAUUCCCGCGCUACUUCAUCCUGAAACUCGUCGACAUGCUCACCGAAGCUACUUGCAUCCCCCCCUCGCAAACUCCCGCUCCGGAUUCCCUAAAAGGCGACCUAGUCACGUCUCCUUUCUCAUGUGCCGUCGAGCCGGAUAGGGCCCGCUGCGUUGACGGCGGUGGCACCUGCAACAUCACGCGCGACGGGUACUACUUGACGAAUAUCCUUUGCGUCCUGCUUGGAACCAUCACAUUUAUCAUGUUUAUAAAGCCAGCUGUUCUGAAGUUGCAGGCUUUGCCGUUACGGGCUUGGAGGUUGACUCCCGGACGGGAUUGA